AUGGAAUUGAUUUAAGAAAUAACAUUACUAAAAGAAUCCUUCUUAGAAUUUAUAACCAAAGUAACACCUGUGUUUACAGAACCAAUUUUGGAAUAAUUUAACUCUAAAUGGAAUCCAUUGAAAAGACUAUUAAGUGAUCCUUCUAAAAGUGCAAGUGAUGUGUUCAUUUUGGUUUCCUCAAUGUCUUCAUUAAAAAAAAGCAACACUUCUUCUACUUCAGCUACUUCACCUAAUUCAGAUUGUAGUAUCCAAAAAACUCAAACAACAGACAAUUCAGUAAAGAAAUGUAAUGAACUUCCAGAAUAGAGGGAGAUAACUAAAGUGAAAGAGUAAGCUAAUCCAUUGUUAUAUAAAGAACUCAAAAUAGGUAAUUUUUUUUUCAAAACGUAAAAUAGAAAUUAAUAAGAACUUUUUUCUUAAUACUCCAAGAUCAAGACCUACAUCAUAAUAAGAGUUAGGAAGUAAUGGAGAAAGAUUAUAUGAGGAAGAUAUUAAAGCAAAAAUAUUGAGAGAUGAUAUAAAAUGUAUGAUAUUCAUAUUUACAAUAUUAGUUUUGAAUCAAUUAAGAUCAGCUACUCCUGAAAAAAAGAUUAGUGUGACUGUUAGAUUCAAUUUAGGAUAAAAAUUAUCAGAAGCUAUUUGUUAAUUUAGAAAGGAUAACUUUACUUUGAAAACUAUACAUGAAAGAAGUUGUGAAGUAACAACACCAUAAAGUCCUAAAAAGGAUAGAUCAGAAUCUCCACUUUUACUUGUUUAAAGACCUAAGAAUUAAUAUUUCUAAUAGCCAGUGUUUAUACAAUAAUAAUAGGCUGGAGCAUUAAAAGGAUAUAGUAUCUAUUCAAAAAAAGGUUAUAUACAACCAAUACAAUUUGAUGUACAAUUUUAGAUGCUGAUGUAACAGUACUAGAAUAAUAUGAUCUAUAAGAAACUAUAUUUUUGA